UCGCCGCGGCUGCUGUACUUGUGACCUGAACCUGACCCCAUCGGUCGUUCCAGCCUUUCAGGUUUUCUCAAUAGGUCAUAACCCGAGAAAAGAAGAAACCCUAAGGAGAAACUAGACGAAGGAGGGAGAAGAAGAAGUUGAAGAAACAAGAUCAAUUGGUCCCAAACCGAUCCGAGCUGUUGUUGCUUCCGGAAAAGGAUUUAGAACAUUCUGAGACACCAUCGAGAGCCUUGCAGGGGUUAACCGUGACGGGUUUUUGCUUGCCAGAUAUGGAUCCGGGUCGCUUUGGUCUUCACCAAGGAUGGGAUAAUAACAGCGUAAUUGUGGUUUCCUCCUUAAUAAUCACAUAUAUGGGAUGAUAAUACAAGAAUUUUUAGGGAUCAUGUGAUUGCCCAUUUUUUUCCGUCAUCUCAUCUCUCAUCUUAAAAGAAAAAAAAAGAGAGAAAGUCGUUGGGCCAUUGAGGAUAUGGACUGGAUUAGCCUAAACUCCUACGUGAUUGAUGUUGUUGCUGACAUAGCUUAUUCUCUUGAAUCCACAGGCUCUGGAAGGGUAUGGUGCAGUCCAGGAGCCAAAUUUUCGGUGAGUGUUGACUGUUGAUGAUGCUUAUCACAUCAUGGGCUCUUAUUAGUUUUCAUGGUGGCGGUGGUUCGUAUGAUGAGAGGAGGUUUCUGGAUGAAAGAUACUCAAGGGACAACCUUUACCCAAGAAAUGCCUUCCACCGUGACAUUAUCGAUAGGGAUAAUUAUCCACCUCCACCUCAUACUCCUGGCAUUUGGCCUCAAUCAAGGCGGAGAAGUUACGAGGAAGAAUAUCCACUUGACAGGGAAUCUAGGCGACAUGAGAAACCUUACGCUGAUUCCUACAAUGAGAUGGAAACCUAUCGUGACCCAGAUGCUUUUCAAGAAUAUGACAAAUUUCGGGAUGGCUACCGCAGUAUUGAUAAUUACAGUGAUCAUUUACCUGCUAGGUUUGGUGGACGUGACCGUGACGAUUAUGCAUAUGAUGACUAUGACUACAAGCAUCGCGUUUCGCAUCAAAAUAGGGGGGCCAGCCAUGACAGGGACUAUGAUUAUGGCCGGAAUAGUUAUGAUUCUGACUAUGACAGAGGGGGCAAGAGAGAUGGCACUUGGAGGAGGCGUGAUAGGGAACGUGAUAAGAGAGGGUUGAGCGGCGACAGAGAUCAGAGUCCUCAUAGAAGGCAUGAGAGGUCACGUUCUCGUGGACAAGAUGAUCGAUCCAGAUCAAGGUCCUCUCGAAGUCGAAGUCGUGGUCGUAGUCAUCGAGAAGAUAGCUAUGAUGAUGGGAGAUAUGAGAGGGGUGAGAAACGAAGGGACCGGGAGGAGAAACGUCAUAGAGAACACUAUUCUGUGGCACCUUCUGCUACUGUUGUUGUUAAGGGUCUUUCACAAAAGAUCACUGAAGAGGAUUUAUACCAGAUUCUUGCUGAAUGGGGACCUCUGCGCCAUGUCCGCGUAAUCAAGGAGCGAAAUUCCGGCAUCUCUCGAGGAUUUGCAUUUAUAGAUUUUCCUUCUGUGGGAGCUGCACGUAUGAUGAUGGAUAAGAUAGGCGGUGAUGGUAUUGUUGUGGAUGGCAGGAAGCUUUUCUUUGAGUAUAGUAGUAAGCCAACUGGAGGGGCAGGUGGACCUUUUGGUCAAGAGAAUGCUGUGAAAUCCGGCCAUGUUAGCCACAGAAGUAUAACAGUUCCAUCUGAUUGGAUGUGCAUCAUUUGUGGUUGUGUCAACUUUGCUCGGCGAACAUCUUGUUUUCAGUGUAAUGAGCCGCGAACUGAUGAUGCUCCACCAGCUGAUAUCGCUUUAUCAAAUCCAGCUGCAUUAGGAAGGAAAGGAUCGGAAGCAGGUCCUACUCAUGUUUUGGUUGUUCGUGGAUUGGAUGAAAAUGCUGAUGAGGAAAUGCUUCGUUAUGAAUUCUCCAAACAUGCUCCAAUCAAGGAUCUUCGCCUUGUCAGAGACAAAUUUACCCAUGUUUCAAGGGGAUUUGCAUUUGUACACUUCCAUUCGGUGGAAGAUGCUACCAAAGCUCUUGAAGCAACAAAUGGAACAACUCUCGAGAAGAAUGGGCAGAUCUUAAGAGUAGCGUAUGCAAAGAGCAUCCUAGGUCCAGGUUCAGGGGCAUCGGCUUCUUCACAUUCAAGCAGCCUUGCUGCUGCUGCCAUUGAGGCAGCUGCAUUUUCUCAACAGUAUGAUGCUGUUGGAUGGGCGCCAAAGGAAUAUAACCCUGAAGAUAAACAAUCUAAUGGCGGGCUGGAGAAACAUGGUGGGGAUGGUACAGUUCGAAACGAUAGUUCUGCUCCGCAGUCUGGCUUUGUCUGGGAUGAAGCAUCUGGAUAUUACUAUGAUGCUGCUUCCGGGUUCUACUACGAUGGAAAUACAGGUCUCUAUUAUGAUGGGAAUAAUGGAGUUUGGUAUUCAUAUGACCAACAAAAUCAGCAGUAUGUUCCUUGCACAAAUCAAAAUGACAACAGCACAGCUGGGAAACAAGCUGAAAACUCGAAGGCUUCAGACGGUUCCAGUAACAGAAAAGCAGUAAUCUCUGCACCUGCUGCUACUAUUACAUCAACUGAGAAGGCUGCCUCUUUACCAGAUGCCGUCCAGGCUGCCGCUACUGCAGCAAUAGCUGCAGAGAAAAAAGAGAGAGAGAAGUUGAAAGAGAUAAAACUUGCUUCAAAGACCAGUAUCCUGGCAAACAAAAAGAAAAUGAAUAAUGUCUUAACAAUGUGGAAGCAGAGGAGUCAUGAAGGCCAAGCAACUCGAGUGGCUCUUGAUGACAAUCAGUCAUCUGCUCCAGGUGAUGACAGACCGUUUUCAGGUGGUCAGCCUGCUAAGAGCAAGUUGAAAUCUGAUGUUAUGACUGCAAAGGAGAAUAUGCUAUCUAGUUCUGGGGUAACCACCACCACACUUUCUGCUCAGAGUGCGUCGAGGCCUGUGAGUAACAGCUCUGGUGGAACUAUAAUGGGGGUUAUAAGGGGUUCUGGAAGAAGUGUAGUGAAAUCAGAAACUCCGUAUUCAGAAUCAUCAGCUGGAGUCUCCACCUCAACUGUUGCUGCUGGUUCAUCUUUUGCAACAAAUGCAGAUUUGCAUACAGUUCCUACGCCUUUCAGAACAGAUGCCUCGGCACUGGGUUCUUAUUCCCCAGCUGUGGCUACAGGGAGUGGCAAGAGGAGGUUUUCAGAAAUGCCAUCUUAUACUUCUACUCCAAAAGAACAGCCACAGACAACCUACAGGGAUCGCGCAGCUGAGAGGAGAAGCUUAUAUGGUUCAUCACCUGCUAUUGGAGAUGAUCUCUCUGACCUUGGGCUUGGAGAUUCAAAUCGAGAUUAUGCACUCAGAAAAGGUUCUUUGGAUCCCACGCCAUUCCCACCUGGUGUUGGUGGAGGACGUGGCUUUGGAGAUGCUGAUGCUCAGAGUUAUGAGGUGAUUACAGCGGACAAAGCAAUUGAUGAGAACAACUUGGGCAACCGAAUGCUCCGCAAUAUGGGCUGGCAGGAAGGCUUGGGAUUAGGGAAGGAUGGAAGCGGAAUGGUAGAACCGGUUCAAGCACAGGCCAUAGAUAGGAGAGCAGGACUUGGGAGCCACCAGAAGAAAAAGGACCCUGGCCUUGAAGUGAAUGCUGGGGAUAGUUACAAAACUCUGAUUCAUAAGAAGGCACUUGCCAGAUUCCGGGACAUGUCCUAGACCGACCAGUCAGUCUUGGAACGCUCUGAGGUUGUGGUUAGUGUAUGUUCAAAAAAGUUCAUUGUGGUUGGGAUGACAAGGUUUUAUGUGCUUUUGGUUUCUUUUGUAAGGAGUAUAUUUGGAGAAAUGUUAAAAGGAAUCGUCCAUUGUUGAAAGUCUGAAAUCUUUUAGAUUUGCAGGAGCCAUAAAAUUUUCUCAGAAAACUUAUGAUGGGACUGUUUAUCCUCUGAAGGAUAUGAAAUUAUGUUAAUGUGAUUUGUCA